AUGUGGCCUGAUGUAGACGGUUCUCCGUCUACUUCAUGGCAAGAAAACCUAUCUGGCACUGGGCUUCCGACAACUACUGUGGAUACUACUACCAUAACGACGACUUCGGCCAGUCCGAAAGCGAGUUCUUUAAAUAUUGAGCACUUUGACUUAGAUGAACAAGUUAGCACUCCAAUCGCUUUAGAUAUUCCUCAAGCACCUUUUUCAAAUUCAUUUAGCGAUAUUACACAACCUUCAAACUCCAGUAAUGAAACAAAUGGCGCGCGCCGUCCUUUUAAAUUGCCAGCUUCUAAAACUUCCGCGAAGACAAAAAAAAAGAAGAAAAAGCUUAAACGGCACUGUGGAUAUGGUGGGUAUACUCCUGCUAGCUCAAAAAGAAAUGCAGAAUUUCACGCUUUGUUUCGGAGCGUUCCCGAGGAAGAUUUUCUUAUAAAUGAUUAUGGGUGUGCGUUGCAAAGAGAAAUUCUUGUACAAGGACGUAUAUACGUUUCAUGCAAUCACGUAUGCUUUAAUGCAAACAUUUUCGGAUGGGUUACCAAUUUAGUGAUUGCAUUUUCGGACAUAGUUUCUAUUGAAAAAAAGGUGACUGCGUUUGUCAUUCCAAAUGCCAUUCAAAUAUCAACGCUUCACGCUAGACAUUUCUUUACUUCUUUCUUAGCAAGGGAUACCGCUUUCGAAUUGUUAAACGUAAUAUGGAAACAAACACAUCCAGCACUUAACCAAAAACCAUCAUUUAAUGAGUCAGAGUACACACCUAACAAAAGCAGUGAAGCUUCAGAUGCGUCAUCAGAAUCUUCAGAAAUGAGCGAUGAAGGUAAAUCACAAGGUGGCCUUCAUAAAAAAUUUGAAUUACCAAAAUUGAAACUUGAUCGAAUCAGAUUUGUAUGCAGUGGGUCAUCAUUUUCUAAUGAUGAUAGUAAACAGCAUAAAGAUUCAAAUUUCGAAAGUAAAGUUCAUUCAUUACCUUCAUCUCCCACAAAAAGCGGAUUUGAGGAUGAUGCGUUGUUAAAAGGAAGCAAGGGCCAUCGAUUGAAAUCAAAGUCUAUGGCAGAAUUAAAAUCGCCAGUUCUUGACAUUACCAAUAUUUCUGAUUUAAAAGCUUCAGAAACUAGUGAAGCAGCUCUUCAUCCUAUUUCCCCGCGCACCCAGUCUCGCCAUCUUGUAAGAUCUAAUACAAACCUUAAAAGGCGGCGAGCUUCUACGCAAUGCCCAUGUUUAAGGAACGGCCAGCAUUAUGAAAAUGUUUCUUUAGAUGCAACAUUCACAGGAACAGUGGAGAAGUUAUACAAUUUGAUAAUGACAAGCGGGUUUGUAAAACGGUUUAUUAUUGAAGAGGACAAAUGUACAGAUGUUGACAUUGGAGAAUGGAAAACACAAGACGGUAAAUUGAGACGAUCGUCAAGCUUCAUAAAGCCAUUUAUAAGAAAAUCUUCCUCGGGAACGCUCCGAAACAAAGC